UGCACUGGAAAAAAAUAUGUCACUGAGUAAUAUCAAGUACAGAGCUUCACUUCAGUAGAAAUGAGUAAAUAUAUAAAUAUUCUUUUUCUUCAGCUCCUGGAGAAGGACCCAGAGAAGCGUCUUGGCUUUAUUGGAAACAUUCGAGCACACCCAGUUUUUAAUUCCAUCAACUGGGAGCAGCUGGAACGCCAGGAAAUACCACCACCUCUCUAUCCUGCAGAAUUAACACUAGACAAGAAAUAUUUCAAGCAGCCGAGGAUGCUCAUGGAAGAGGCGGGCAGCGAUUCUUCAUAUGAGAAAAGCAUGGAGUUAUCAUAUCUGAAUGACAGUUGGAAGAGCUGAGCCACUUCAAGAAAGUCAGGUUUCUUUAGCUAUAUUUACCAACCAUUAACAUCAUUUAACCCUGUCAUUUUAUUCUAUCCAGUCUCCAUUGAAGAACAGUCAAGAUGAAAACAUCUGAGCAUUUGAAAAAUCCAGCACCGAGGACCACCUGUCACGGCUUCGUAUGGGUACAUUUCUACAGACAGCCAUUUUUACCUCUUAGAGCCAGCCACCAUCAUUGCCUCUAACUCUGGCCCUUGCCCAUCAUCUUUUGGCCUCCAUUUCAUGUCCAUAACAUCAGUCCCUAUGAUUGCCCCAUCUCUGCUUUUCUCCAUCGGCACCCAUCUUUGGCCCUGUCUAUUAGACCUAGAUCUGGUCCUUAUCACCACGCCUCCAUCUUUGGCCCUUGUCCAUCUGUGACUCUUACCAACAGUCUCCAUUUCUUGCCCUAUUUUUGAGUGAGCCCAGAGUGCAAUUGAGAUCAGUUAAGUUUCUUAAGUUCUUAGACCCCCCUUCCCCUGCUCUUUGUGCACCACCUCUGUUUACUCCUCCCUGCCGCCACUCUCCACUUGCUGGCAAUCCUGAGUGCUCUCAGCAGACAAUCAGCUCCUCCACUAGCCUCCAUCUUUAGCACUCAUGACUUGCCCUAUCUUAUAUAUUAUAUAUAUAUAUAUAUUUUUGGCCUAAAACAUUGGCCCUUAUCUGUUGCCUCUCAGUGUGCACCACUGCUGCUCACUUUCACCUGCUACAACUCUUACCACUUGUUGGCAGUUCUCUCUGCAAGUAAUCUGCUCCCUCUUCAGUCUCACAUCCAACUGUGGCACCUGAGGCACUUGCUUCUGCCUACCCCUAGAUCCAGUGUGGCCCUCACCUUCAGCCACACAUCUCAUACAUCCCACUGUCACAAUUAAAAAAGGACCAAACCAGUGCUAAUA